AUGGAACUGCAAGAUCGAUUGAAUAAUAGUUACACGGCUAAAACAUGGUUUCAAGUGAAAUGCGAAGAUCCUCAGACUCGUCAUCUGUGGAUUAAGGCACGUAUUUUAUACACAUUCAAGCAAAGACAUAUAACAGCUUUGUAUCUUUUUGGCUAUGGCAUAUCAGAAUCACGACAAAAAGACUCCCAAAUGUCAUCCCAACGAGCGAUUUGGUCAGCUCAAGCUCAUUCUGGCAUCCGACGUCUAUUUGAUCGCAUCGUUACUCGAUGGAUGCCAGUUUAUUUAACUCAGACGUUUAUAAUUAGCUCUGUUUUGCAUAAAAGCUUGACACCUGAACAUUUAUUACGUGUACCACAAAUAUUUGAUAAUUCACCAGAUGAGCUUGAUUUUAAUGUCGAAACUGCACAAAGACGGUAUGAAAAGUGCUUCAUACCUCUUCUUUACCACGAAUUAUGGGAAAAUAUCAAGCAUGAUAUAAAGUCAAUGACGUCCGAAACCUUAUUCCGUAUUGAUGGCGACAUUGAAAUCCAAAUCAUGAAAUAUGUGCCAGAAACUGCACAAGCAGUCGAUCCAUCUGAACCAUCCGUGAAUACCAUGUUGAUUUUUGGUUCAUAUUUCUUUCAAACUGAUCUUUUAUUUAAUCGAACACUUCCAAAGCUUGCUUUAUGUGAUAUUGUUCUAAUUAACAUAGGUGUUCAAGAUAAACGUCACAGCUUUUUUGCCGUUGUUGUUGAUGUAGUCGAUCAUUGGCCAUCAGAUAUGGAGAAGAUCGCAGAUAUCCGCUUGACAAAGGACGAUGAGGAUAAACAUAUUAUUCAAGUCAAAUCUGAUGUGGUUUUAUAUACUUCAAAAAAGUGUUCAAACGCUAUUCAAAAAAAUUGUCCACGCUUAGGAGGGCAAAAAAUGUCUGUAGUUAAACUGACUAAUAUUACCUCAUCUCGAAGGCAGAUCAGUGCCAUUUAUAAUUUGAGUAAAUUUUCCAAGCAGAAAAGCUUACUCAAACCGUCAAAUACGGAUCUCUACUUUCAUCGUGAACACUUUCCAAAUGUUACAACGGUAACACUAAAAAACUUUAACGAUGCUCAAAUGCGAGUUAUCGAUUACGCUGAACGAAUAUUUCGUGACAAUACAACUGACCGUCUACACCUUGUGCACGGCCCACCAGGUACUGGAAAAAGUAAAACAAUUGCUGGUAUUGUCGUCAAGAUUUUGCCACAAUUAGGCAAAAAGACAAAAAUUCUACUCUGUGCACCAUCAAACAAUGCCUGUAAUGAGUUGUCAAAGCGAAUCUUGAAUGAAAUUCCUGCUGGUUAUGAGAAAGGUGAUGAUCACGUUACGCUUAACUGUACAACUAAGUACAUGAAGUUUUCUAGGAACACUGGUACGAGUUGGUCGUGA